GGCUCGUUUUGCGUCUGUGGCGCAUCUUUUUAUUUCAUUUAUAUAUAUUUUUUUCACUCUUAGCGCUGUGAGAUGUCCGGCCGCGGGAAGCAGGGCGGGAAGGCGCGGGCCAAGGCCAAGUCGCGCUCGUCGCGGGCCGGGCUGCAGUUCCCCGUGGGCCGCGUGCACCGGCUGCUGCGCAAGGGCAACUACGCGGAGCGGGUGGGCGCCGGCGCCCCGGUGUACCUGGCGGCCGUGCUGGAGUACCUGACGGCCGAGAUCCUGGAGCUGGCGGGCAACGCGGCCCGCGACAACAAGAAGACGCGCAUCAUCCCCCGCCACCUGCAGCUGGCCAUCCGCAACGACGAGGAGCUCAACAAGCUGCUGGGCAAGGUGACGAUCGCGCAGGGCGGGGUGCUGCCCAACAUCCAGGCCGUGCUGCUGCCCAAGAAGACCGACAGCCACAAGGCCAAAGCCAACCCAAGCUAUACUUUGUCCAUCUCUGCAAGUCUGAGGAUCAUCAGCAAGGGUUACUGCAUAAACACACCAAUGGAUGAAAAGGGUAGGAGCUGCCACAAUCCAUGCUGCAUGAGGAUUUCCAGCUGGAGGAAAGUGACUUUGAAUGCACGAGUGAUGGUCUUCAGCCCACAGUUUCAAGUAGAGCCCAGACAGACCCCUGGGGAACAGUCAGCCUGGGUGUCAGGUCCAUCGGCCUCCUCGAGGGGAUGGUUGUCUUUUGGGAGAGCCAGGAGUAUUAGCAGGAAUGGCAGGAUGGGAGAUUGAAAGCUGAUGCAGAAGGGAAGAGGUUCACUACGAUCUGCUGUGACAUACCUGGGGUGGGAAGAGGAGUAGAGUCAUUUCCUCAAUCCUUCCUGCCCUCACCCAACCUGCUCCUUCACUCCAGUGUGCCCUGGCUGCCUUCCCACACCACGGGAGACAGCCCAGGGCUCUUCCAACUGAUGCUGCCUGAUCAGGAAGAGGAAAACAAAAACUCACUUCUUGAUUUUGAGUAACAAUAUCCAUGUAAAUGAACCACCAGGAGUGAAGGAUGAGCACUGACCGUAAAAUACAAGACCAAGAUGUCAUAUUAGGAAAUGAAGUGUUAUCCCAGAAUUUGAUCAAUGCAGGAAGGAGUUGAUCAAUGGAUUUGAUCAAUGCGGGAAGGAGGAAUGCAAUGGAAGAGCUCAGAGCUCCUUCCUUGUUUUCCAGAACACAGAAAGGUUUGAGCUUCUGUAAAUAGGCUGUAGGCCCCUCCUUUUGGUUUUAUUUUGUGUAUUUUUCAGGAGUUCCUCAACAUUUCAAUAAUAUAUUCAAUGUUAUUUUAUACCUACAGUUGCCAGUGAAAAGUUUAGAAAGAUACCACACACACACAUUAUGCUAAAUUAAAACCAAGAAAAUUAAACUGUUGUUUGGCAUGGAAAAAGAUGAAAUUGGGUAAGUAUAACUUGACUUUAACAAUCAUGAAAUACAGAAUAAUAUUUAUUCAAAUAACCCAAGCACACUGUAAUAGAUCUCUCUAUGCUACGUGCCUGUACAUCGCUAUCAUAUUUAUAAAGAUUAUGUGUAAAAUCAGUCAUAAUAAAAAUUCGUGCUUCAGACUAUCUUUUUUAUUUUGGUUUAUUUGGUUUUUAUUUUGGUUUUUAUUCCUUUUGAAGUUAAGAUAUUGCUUAGGUCAGGAAUAAAUUACAUUGUUACUGUUUUGGUUAUUCAGCUGUGUUGCUACUCCUAAGAAGUAAUGGACCUCGGAUAAGAAUGAAAAUUUGAUUAUAUAAAGAAGAUCAAGAGAUUAUGCUGCAAAAAUAAGCAAAGGUAAGAUUUCAUGGAAAAAAAUAUUAACCACACAACAAAUGUCAGAAAAAGAGAUCUAGCAAACUAAAGGGAAGCAAGGAAUGGAUGCUAAAAGAGAUUGCAACUUUUUGACAAAGUCCAAAUCAACAGUAGGGACGGGAGGUGAAUAGUGCAGCUUGCAAGGCAGAAUACUUAUUUCCCCUAAACCACAUACAGAGAAUUAAAUAGCUAAAGUGGAUAAUCUGCAAGAAUACUAACACCUACACUAUUGAAGUAACUAGGUGAAAUGAAAGCAAAGCUCUAGAAAAGAUGCGCAAAAAAAUUAUUAAAACCAACUAUAACAGAUGAGAAGGGGAAAAAAAAAUCUUUCUGCAGCUCUGAAGAGAACAAAAGUGGUCUUUUGAAUCUAGACGAAUAUAGGGAAAAUCACACUAAUGACUAUAAUGGAAAAGGUAUAUAGUAUUAAUUAAAUACUGAGAGAAGUAAUCGUCAGGGAAGCAUAUGCUCUAUAGUCAUGCAGAAACCUUACUGAGCUCUUGGUUGUAUUCUAUUCAUGCUUGUCCUGGUUUUUGUGACACAGGACUUCUAAUGCUUGGGAAAACUGCCAUUUUAGAAGGCUCUAGUGUCUGAAUUCAUGAAAAUAUUUACUUUAUAGCCAGCUAGGCUAUGUGGGAUUCAAGGUCUCUGUGUUUUUGAGCCUUGCCAGGGGCAGGGAUGAGGAGGAGCAGGAUUUUGGCACUUGACCCAAGCUGGCCAACAGGAUUGUUUCAUACAAUGAAUGUCACAUGCAAUAUAAAUAAGAAAGUUUGCUGCGUAGUUCAGUUUCUCCCUUGAUAGUGGUGAUCCAGAGAACUUCUUGUCCCGGUUCUGGACCCCUGAGCCCUUCCUUUCCUGGUGAAGCCGUUGCACUUGCAGUGUCCGAGACUUGCUGUCCACUGCUGGGAGUGCACAGCUUCCUGCUGAUUAAAUGGGCUGAGUAUAAUCCUUGUUUAUUUUAGAUAAGUAUCACUAUCAAUACUGUUCGUUAAUUAUUUAGUCUUAUACUAUUAGAUCUAUUUAUAUUUCAACCCUCAUGUUUCCUUGUUUUCCCCAAUUCCCCUUCCAGGCUGGGGAGGGUCAUUGGGUGAUAGAUUGAUUGUCUAAACAACAAUAAAAUGUUAUGCAUUUCUCAAACCAUAGCAAUGCUGUCAAUGUGGGGAGAAAAAAGGCUGCAUAUAAAUUCUUUUUUUUUUUCCUCAAACACUAAGUGAACUGAUAGAGUACUAAGACACAGUAAUUCUCACAUAAACUGAGGAGCUUCAUCAGCGCCAACAGCACCAUUAAGGUUGAUAUGCAAAGAUAAUUACAUCUUUGCUAUUUCUGUAUAAGUAAAUCAGGUGAUAUUAAUAAAGGCUGAUAAACACUACAAAACUGGCUGCCUACAUGUGAAAAUAGACUUAGCAAAAUGGUGGGAAACGUAAGCUGAAUUAAAUAACAUAUAUACUACAAGGGUACAGAGAGAAAGAAAAAAAAUAAUAAUCCCAAACCACCCCACCCAAAAUAGAAAACAAAGAGGAAAUUCUUUCAAGAAAAAAAGAUGUAAAGGGACAAAUAAUGAACAGUGAGAGCUCAAAGAGAAAGGGCUGUGAAACUACCAAGCAGAAACUUCACGAUCAAGAAGCAUUGUACUAAUGGGAACCAAGGAAACAGGGGAAAAUGGGGAGGAUCAAAAAAAUGGCAAAUGCCUGACCAAACAUGAAAAAUAAAAAAAACCUGUGUAUUGCACAGAUAGAACCGGGGAAAAACUCCUGACAAGAAAGAGAUUGUAAAUGCGAAUGCUUGGGAUUGCAUUUAUUUGAUGCUCCUUCGAGAACAAAGUAAAAAUAAGCUUAAAUAGAUAUAUUCACGAUAAUUUUAAAUACUAAAGGCAGAAAACGUAAGAGUACGUGUGUGCCCGC